GAAAAGUUUCUCCUCUUAAAUCAAAACCCAUUCCUUUUCCUUCUCUCAUCCCAAAUGCAGACCCACAAAACUUUGUUCCUAAUUCUCUAUAUAUUGUUAUUAUCAUCAUCAUCAUGUCUUAGUUUAGAAACACUUGGUGAUGCUGCCACUGCUUAUGAUAUACUUGAGAGAUAUGGUCUUCCAAAGGGGCUUCUUCCACAAGGUGUUCAAAGCUAUCUUUUAACAAAUGAAGGGAGCUUUGAGUUUUUCUUGUUUGAUAAGUGUGAGUUUGAAGUGCAAGGGAAGUACAUGUUGAAGUAUAAGACUAUAAUCAAAGGGAGUGUGGAGUUUGGGAGUUUGAGAGAUGUUAAAGGUUUGAGUGUGAGAUUUCUUUUUGUGUGGAUUGGUGUUGAUAGAGUUGUGGUGAGUGGUGAUGAGUUGAGGUUUUAUUAUCAUGGUUCUUUCUAUUUUUCUUUGCCUGUUUCUUAUUUUGAGCAGUGUCCAAGAUGUGGAUGUGGGUUUGAUUGUUCCAAUGAUUUGUUGCUGGAUUUGUAGAGAAAGGAUUUUAAAUGCUUAGUUUGUUGUUGUCCUUUUGGGGAGGAUAAACCCAAAGCCUCUCCUGUUUGUAUUUUUAA